AUGACGAAGAUUUCACAGCAAAACCAAAGGAACAAUUCAAACCUUGGGAAUGGGAUCAAUAAUUCUGCUAUCAAAGUGAAAAGAACUAGGAAAACUGUCCCUAGAGACUCUCCUCCUCAGCCUCAUUUGUGGGACAAGAAUUGCUGGAAUGAGUCUCAGAACAAGAAAGGAAGACAAGUCUACCUUGGUGCCUAUGAUGAUGAAGAAGCAGCUGCACAUGCUUAUGACUUGGCUGCACUUAAGUACUGGGGUCAAGAUACGACCCUUAACUUUCCAUUGGCAACUUAUCAGAAAGAACUGAAAGAAAUGGAGGGUCAGUCCAGAGAAGAAUAUAUUGGAUCAUUGAGAAGGAAGAGCAGUGGUUUCUCACGAGGAGUGUCCAAGUAUAGAGGAGUUGCAAGGCAUCAUCACAAUGGAAGGUGGGAAGCUCGAAUUGGCAGAGUUUUUGGCAACAAAUAUCUUUAUCUUGGAACAUAUGCAACUCAGGAAGAGGCUGCAAUUGCAUACGACAUGGCUGCCAUUGAAUAUCGAGGACUUAAUGCUGUAACAAAUUUCGACCUCAGUCGUUACAUAAAAUGGUUAAGACCUAAUGCCACCACCAGCACCACCACCUCCGCUGCGAUCACUGAGCCUAACCCUAAUGUAGACACCGAUUUAAUGCCAACCCCAGAUCCAAUGUUGGCAUCAAGCUCCAUCUACCACCCUCAGACCGAACAACAGCCGCAACCUUUGGAUAUUACCACCGACAUAACCCUAAACCAAUCGCGCCCUGCCUCAGCAACAUCAGCCCUUGGUUUGUUACUUCAGUCAUCAAAAUUUAAGGAAAUGAUGGAGAUGACUUUGGCAGCUGAGUGUCCGGUGGCCUUAACCACGCCGGAGUCUGAACCAACGCAAUGUAGCAUUCCUGAUGAUGCACAAUCAUUCUUCACUACACCUGACAUGGGCAGCUACAUUGAUCAAAGUCAAGAGGAUAUUUUUAGCGAGCUAAUUAACCCUUUCAUGCAACCAAUGUUACAAUUCGACUUUGAUGUUUAA